AUGGCGCUCUUAUCAUCAAUAGCAACAACUUUUCUAGCCUUAUUGCACGUUUACAUUAUGGUGCUAGAGAUGUUCCUCUGGACGACGCCACGCGGUCGGAAGACGUUCAAACUUGCUGCAGAAUUCGCGCAACAAACCAAAACUUUGGCUGCAAAUCAAGGAUUGUAUAAUGGUUUCCUUGCCGCUGGAUUAGUAUGGGGAUUGCUUCACCCCGUGUACGAGUUUGCUGUUCAAAUUCGGCUGUUCUUCUCGUCUCUGGUUGUCGUGGCUGGAUUGUACGGCGGUGCCACUGCUGCCCGGAAGAUCUGGGUGGUUCAGAUGCUUCCAGGCAUCAUAUGUCUGGUGACCAUUUACCUAGACCUCUAG